CCCCCCCCCCCGGAUACACCAGCUGCGACCGCUCCUUUCGCUCUCUUUGUGUUUCCCUUUUCAUCUGUGUUCUCUCUGAAGAUCUGUGUGGUUGAUUUUUGUCCCCUGAUGUUGUGCAACUAAGCGACAUCACCACACCAAAAACAGAGCCCCGGCUCGUUGAGCAUCGCUCUUCCUCUCCAGGAUCAGGGUGUGGUGGACGUGUAGACGCAUACCACUGUCUACCUCCCCGUCCCUGGACUGGCUUUUUUUCUUCUUCUUCUUCUUCUUUUGUUAUGCCGUCGUUUUACACCCCCGGCCUCCACGGCCUUCCUCCUACCCCCCCACACCUCACAAGCGCCGGAAGAAUGGAGAACGAACCCUCCUUCUACGUCUUGGGCCACUCGGUUGCCUUCCCCCCGCGGUACUCUCAAAACGGCUGUGAAUUCAUCGAGCAAUAUUCGCAAUCUGCUUGCUACGGCAAACCCCCGAUGAAUCUUCACCAGCAGCCCGUUCACUCCAUGCGUUCGGGGAGAGAUAUGACCGCCGCCCACACGGCGUUGAACCAGCCCAUGUUCGGCCCCAUUCCCACCGCGAACGUACUGCCGCCUAUUCGCAACAAUGUCCAAUUGCCCCCGAUGGACAGCGCUCUCCCGCAGUACCGCCGACAGGAUGUGACGGUGCAGCCCGAGCAACCACACAAAGAGGAAAAGGCUACCGGAGGGGUCGCCGCCCACCUAGACUAUGAAAUGGACCAGAUGUCCGACUUCGUGGCUGAGAUGGCCCAGGGAAUCGUCUACCCAGGAUCGUCUGUCCCCCCCCAGUUCCGGAAAUACGUCUUUCAGAUUUUGUCGUCGACUCGUCUCCCGAGCUCGACGAUCCUGUUGGGUCUCUACUACCUGUCCUGCCGAAUGCGUAUGCUUUCGUCCGCCAAGGUUUACACCACCGGCAGUGGGCAGGUCUAUCGCAUGCUCACCGUGGCUCUCCUGCUUGGAAGCAAGUUCUUGGAUGACAACACCUUCCAGAACAAGUCCUGGGCGGAGGUUAGCAAUAUCCCCGUGGCGGAGCUGAACACCAUGGAGCUCGAGUGGCUCUUUGCCUUUGAGUGGAAGAUCCACGAUCGCAUCUACGACCAACAGGACGGAUUUGCCUCGUGGCUCUCUCAUUGGGAGAAGUGGCGUGCCAAGUCUGCUAUCAAAAUUCACGAAACUCGUCAUGCUCUCGCUCCCCUCGAUACUAAUAUCUCCCGGAGCCACCGCGUUUCCAAGCCCCUGCUCUCUCCCGAAGGCCCGAUCCCCCCACAAUACCAACGGAGCACCCAGUACGAGAACUCCUGGCUCAACCCAGCUGCAUCGGAGUACUCACCCCCAUCCGCUCCUCACAGCGGUCCGACAACCCCCGAUUAUUACUCCGUUGGGCCCUGGGCGUACUCGAACCCUCCGCCUCCCUACUCUAGCACGUGGAUUCCAUCCCAACAGCAAUUUAUUGCGCCACCACGGUCACAGCCACCUUCCUACCAUCAUACCCCGUCUUACGGCUUGCCAUUUGCACAGAGUGUAUGGACAGGUCACGGUUCAGCCUGUGGUUGCCUGUACUGUACCAAGCAUGUGGAACACUACAUGUGUGCCAACCCUUUCGGCGCCAUGCAACCAAUUGUCGCUGGUUAAUUGACGUUUUCAGUGUAUACGUCUCUUUUUUUUUUUUUUUUUUUUUUUUU